UCUAUAAAGGCAGAAGGUAGCGAGGUCUGACACUUAUAAGAGUUUUCAUAUUUGUCACAAUUACCACUGGAACUAUUUUUAAGAUAUUCUGUUGUGCUCCGUUUUUCAUUUAAUGGAUAUGGCUUCCUCAGAAGAAAGGAUCAGUCUGGCUCUGGCUUCAUUGAAAGCUGACUUGAUGGAUAUGCGGAGUCAAGAUGUCCAGUUGAUGAAGCAGUUGAUUGCUAUUAACACAACCAUCAGCUCCAUGUCCAGUAGCAGACGACCAGCGUUUCCUGUCCACAGAAGCGCCAGCUUCAGCGUCAUCAACAAAGCUCACCCAGACACGUACCAAAACAGACGAUGCUCAGACAGUGCCUGCACCACCAGAAAAGUACUCACAAGACACAACAGCGAACCUGUGCAGACCCACAGCAGCUCCUUAAACUCUAGCAUGGAAGAGAUUGACAGUAGCUACGAAGAUCUAGCUGGGUCUGACUAUAAUGAUAGUGACAGUGAAUCGUUCACCACCUCCCCACCAUUGGCUGUCUCUAACCGCCGCUCUGUCAGGAAAACGUCUCUUUACUUCAUGAGGCCUCUGCCAGAGGAACACGAUGGCCUUGACGAGAAAAAAUACCACGGGAUUCUAAUGAAGAACAUCAAAUUGUGGAAAUAUUCUCAGGAGUCUUUAGACAGUGCUUACAACACCGGAGAUUGACGAUCUUAUUGCUGGCGCCGUCUGGUGACGCAAAAAAUCGCCGCAGAACUCUUCUGCAUCCGAAGGAGGAAAUAGUGAGCGUUGUAAUUAGUAGUUGAUGAGCCGUCCGCGUAGUGUCGCUAAUGCAGAAGGUGAAACUGAAGUGCCCCUGUCUCAUAUAUCACAGUUUAAUCUAUCUCCUAGUGAAGGCAGCCGCUCUAAUGGCACGAAAAGCUGUACAUGCACCGCUUAUGUAACACAGCUUGCCGAGAGAAUGCGUACAUUAAGGUGAACUUACCGAGAUGUUAACAUGGACUGAACGUUUCGUUCGUGAAAACAACGUACAUGUACCAUUCCAUUGACUAUUGUAUGAUGUACAGUAUUUGUUAGUCAGAAGAUGAAAUCGAUUCUGUCGAUUUUUUUUAUACAAUUGUUAUUUUUUUUAUUGGUUUGUUAAAAGUAAUAAAAUCCCCAAAAAAUGA